UUAAGGUCGCUGAUUCUGUGGGCUCUGGUGACUGCAUGGGGGGAGGAGCUACGGGGUGAAAACGCUAAGAGAGAAAGUCAUGUUGUUUUAAUAUUGAAGUUUACAAUUCCGGUUUGAAGCUAUAACUUAAAACUACAUAUUCCCAGUGUGUUUGACCACAAACAUACACACACAAACAUACACACACAUACAUACACGCACGUAAAUGCGCACGAAUACUUUCAACUAAAUUAAACUACAACAACAAAGACCAAAUGUGUACAUUGUGAGUUCUGCACGAGAGGAAUAAAGGACAAAAACAAAAUCUCAAGUUAAUGUUAUCAUUUUGUGGGUAACAUUAAAGUCAAACACAAGGAAUUACGAAGAUUACAGACAACAUGGAUAAAGAUUCAGAAACAAAUACCACUCCUGAGCAACAACAAAUGGGUCUCAAGCGUCAACGUGGAGUGGCAAAGGCUGCUGUGACGCGCUUGAUGACACAGAUUACAACCGCUAUGGACUGCAACCAGCCCAAAGAGGUGGAAUUUAAACUUGCUGGUUUGGAUGAGGCUGUAAAGCGCUUUCAUGAGAUUCAUGACACAUACCAUGAGACACUAGAAGAUGAUGAUGAUCUUGAUGCUUCAAAGGGCUAUUUAACAUCAGUCCUGCGUGAUGUUCAAGACUUGCAGCACACUGUCUUGAGCUGGCAAGAUGACUUUAAGCCACCAAUGGAGGAUCCAAGCGUAGAGUCUUCAGAUGGUCUUAAUUUCCAAGAGGAAGAGCCAAUGCUUGAUGAAGCUGCUUACCUUCCAAUGUCUUCCGUAGAACAGCUUUCUACCGAGCUUCAAGGGCUACACAAUCUGAGACUGAAAGAAAAUAAAGAGUUUUCCAUGCUUAUUGCUCAACAGGAAGAACGUCUGCGUGCAGAGUUUAACUUACAACUUCAGCAAGCUGAAUAUGAAAUGGAGGGACUGAAAGGCUUACUGAAACUCAAGGAUGCUGAGAUGAAGGAAAAUCGUCGAAAGGCUGAGCUAACAACAACAAAUAAAGACUUUUCUACUCCUGUCUCAGGUAACCCAUCCCUUAACUUUCGUCCAUCACUUUCUACAGUGAACGAGAAUUCUUUAUGCCAACUACUAGAUCUGUCAAGACAACAAUAUCAGUCACACAUCGAUUCCAUGCACCUACCACCUGUUGACAUCAUCAAGUUCGAUGGAGAACCCUUAAAGUACUGGCAGUUCAUGAGAUUGUUCUCCUCAGUGAUAGAUAAAGAGACCGUGCCAGAUCAAGAGAAACUCACUCGACUGCAUCAAUACACGGUCGGCCAAGCUAGAGAUGCUAUCUCACAUUGCUUGUACAACCCCAACUCUAGUCUGGGCUAUGCGGAAGCCAUGGCUAUUCUCAAGAGACGUUUUGGCAAUCCAUAUGCAAUAUCACAAGCAUGGGUUGACAAGGUGCUUAAUUACAAAGACAUUAAAGACAACAAGCAGUUGCAAAGCUUUGCUGACAUUCUGUGCAGCUGCAGAGACACCUUAAAAGCAAUGAAGUGUGAGGAAGAGCUGAAUGGUGGACGCGCAUUGCUACAAAUUGUAGAAAAGCUACCUGAAGACAUGAAGAAAAGAUGGCUUACAAAAAACUACGAGAUCAUCAAAUCUGGAAGUUUGCCAAAGUUGGAUGACAUCGUCAGUCUUGUUGAAGCAGAAGCUGCUAAGAGGGCAGAUCCUAUCUUCGGGAAUCUUCUUAGCCAUGCCAGUCGAAAUUCUCCAACAAAUAUGAAGUCAAGUUUCAACAAGAAGAGGCAGACAUUUGCAACAGUAUCAUUUACUAAAGAAUCCACUACAUCGUUCACACCAAAGACAACAUCAAGAUUUAAGUGUCCAAAGUGCACUGAAGGACACUUUCUGAACCAAUGUCAAGCUUUUAGAGCUCUGUCUGUUCAAGAGCGUUUGGCCUUUGUUCAACAAAAGCAACUCUGUCUGAACUGUUUCAUGAAAGGUCAUCGCAGCACAGUAUGUACUCGCAACUGGGUAUGCAAGGUGCCUGGAUGUGGAAAAAAACACAACAGUUGGCUGCACUCUGCUAUCGUAGCUUCUAAUAACGACAAAACCCAAUCUACUAUUCAAGCUAUUGAAGAUGAGCCAGCUGCUGACCCGCCACAAGCCAUUCAAGCACAUGCCACCAGAAAGUACAUUGAAGCCAGUCAAAAGAAGAUUGCACUUCCUAUCUUGCCAGUAGUGGUUUCAGACAGACACAACCGAUUCUCUAUGAAUGUCUUUGCUUUGCUUGACAGUGGCUCCAAUGGGACCUUUGCUUCUAAGAAGCUAAUUCAUGCUCUUAAACUAGAGUCACGUAAAACGAACAUUAAACUGAACACCAUGGAGACAAAAAAUCUUAAUGUAGUCACCCUAGAAGUGGAUAUACGAGUUGAAGAUGCUCAACAAAGGAACUCUUACCUGAUGAAGGGAGUGCUGUGUCGGGAUCACCUGAACAUAAGUCUUGACAAUCUAGUCACACAGCAUGAGGUGUUCCAGUGGCCACACCUAAAGGAAAUUGCAGAUGAAAUCAGUUUACCUGAUGUCGAUUUAGCGGAUGAAGUUCACCUGCUUAUAGGUCUAGACCAACCAGACAUACUUGCUCCUCGUGAGACACGUUGUGGUGAGUCAGGAGAGCCUUAUGCAAUUCUGACUGGCUUGGGGUGGACACUCCAUGGACCAGUAGCUGACGGGUCAACAUCUAUCUCUGCCAAUUUCGUUCAAGCUGACAACUCUUUACAACAAGCUGUUGAAAGAUUUUGGAAACUGGAUGAUCCAGUGCAUGUGAACAAUGACUCAUUGUCAGUAGUCGACGAGCAAGUUGUGGAUCUAUGGAACAAGCGGUCAGUCAAAGAAGAUGGCCACUACACACUACCAAUCCCCUUCAAAGAACAUCUACCACGACUGCCUAAUAACUACACAAUGGCCAAACAUCGACUGGACCUUCUAGGAAAAAGGCUAAAGAAAGACCCGACUUUGCAUCAGAAGUACAAAGAAGGUAUCAAAGACUCUUUACUGAAAGGAUAUGCAGAAGAGGUCAUUGACAUCAACAGUGAAGAUAGUUGCGUGUGGUACCUGCCACAUCAUCCAGUGAUACAUCCACGCAAGCCAGAGAAGGUUCGUAUUGUCUUCGAUUGUGCAGCACGGUACCAAGGUACUUCAUUGAAUGACCGUGUUCACCAAGGCCCAGACCUUACCAAUAAGCUACUGGGAGUUCUUCUCAAGUUUAGGCAAGAACCCAUUGCCUUAAAUGCGGACAUCGAGAGCAUGUUUUAUCAAGUCCGUGUGCCAACUGAUGAAAGAAAUGUGCUUCGCUUCCUGUGGUGGCAAGAUAACGACCCGGACAAACAACCCAAACAUUAUCGUAUGACAGCUCACCUUUUUGGAGGUGUCUGGAGUCCUAGUGCUGCCAAUUUUGCCCUGCAACGAGUAGCUGAAGACAACCGUGGAAACUUCUCUAAGGCUGCUGUGGAUACAGUAAGGUCUAAUUUCUACGUCGACGAUUGUCUUAAGUCCGUAUCAACAGAGGAGGAUGCCAUCAAACUUGCUUCUGAACUCCGGGAACUGCUCAACUGUGGAGGCUUUAGAUUAACAAAGUGGUUGAGCAAUUCUAAGGAAGUGAUGAGAUCAAUACCAGCUGAGUACUGGGCAAAAUCAUUGCAUGAGGUAAACCUUGACCAAGAGGAUUUACCAUUUGAACGAACACUGGGCGUCCUUUGGGAUGUGGAAAGAGACUGCUUCACAUUUGACGUCAAGGCAGUGGACAAACCUACAACAAAGAGAGGAGUAUUGAGCACUACCAGUUCCAUCUAUGAUCCUUUAGGAUUUGCAAGCCCAUUCGUGCUCAAAGCAAAAGCAAUCUUUCAAGAGUUGUGCCGCAUGAAAGUUGACUGGGAUGAGGAGUUACCAGUGGACAUGGUUGCACAGUGGCGCAGAUGGUUAAAUGACCUGCCUCUAUUGUCAGCACUGACAAUUCCAAGAUGUCUUAGGCCAACACCCACUAGUUGUUUGUUAGUUGCCCAACUCCAUCACUUUUCCGAUGCUUCAGAACUGGCUUACGGUGCUAUUUCAUACAUCAGGAUUGGCGACACUUGCAGGCUCGUGAUGUCGAAGGCAAGACUUGCUCCCAUCAAGCCAGUUAGUAUACCACGGCUGGAGCUACUAGCAGCGGUAGUUGCUACAGAGCUGGAUCAGCAUAUCAAGGGGCACUUGGAGAUUCCAAUUGAAAGGACUUUCUUUUGGACAGACAGUACUAUCGUACUUCAGUACAUUAACAACAAGCUUUGUCGUUUCAAGACUUUCGUUGCUAACCGUAUUUCAAAAAUACAUGAGCGUUCAGAACCAUGCCAGUGGAGACACAUUGACUCUGCUUUGAACCCUGCGGAUGAUGUUUCUCGAGGAAUGAACAUGGGAGAGUUUAUGUCGAAUGAACAAUGGGUAUCUGGUCCACAUUUUCUACGACUUGGGGAGGAACAUUGGCCCGCUCAACCUAUCAUAAAUGAUUUGCCAGAAGAAGCAGAGAUCAAAAGAAUCAAAGAGGUCUAUGCAGCUAGCGUAAAACCAAACCAAGUGAUGGAAAAUGCAGUGGACAGACUGCUGGAGCGAUACUCCAGUUGGCAUCGAUUGAAAAGGGCUACUGCUAUCUUGUUGCGUGUCAAGGCUUUGUUACGCAAAAGGGCAAGUGGGAAUCUUUCUGACCCCAUCACUGUUUCUGAGCUUCAACAUGCAGAAUUAGCCAUUCUCAAGUACAUACAAACUGCAUCUUUUGGAUCUUCUCAAGUCAAAACCAGUUCACUUCUCAAGCUUAAAUCCUUUGAGGAUGAAAAUGACAAACUCCUUCGUGUGGGAGGCAGACUAACAAAUGCCCCAAUUCCCUUUGAGGCAAAACAUCCAGUGAUCCUACCUAACAAUCAUCACGUCACCCAACUGAUUAUCAGUCACUACCAUCUCCGUUUGGGUCAUGCGGGUCCAGAAAGAGUACUUUCGGAAAUUCGUCAACGUUUCUGGAUACUAAAGGGACGUGCUGUCAUUAACCGUACUCUCAAGUCAUGUAUACAGUGUCGAAAGUUAAGAGCUAGACCACAAGUCCAACAAAUGGCAGACUUGCCUAACUCUAGAGUGACACCAGGGGAGCCUCCAUUCACUCGUGUGGGCAUAGACUAUUUUGGGCCAUUCUUGGUAAAGAAGGCACGGAGUGAGCUCAAGAGGUAUGGAUGUUUGUUUACAUGUCUCACUACAAGAGCUAUUCACUUGGAGGUUGCACACACCCUCAAUACUGAUUCCUUCAUCAACGCCUUACAGCGAUUUAUCGCUAGGAGAGGCCCAGCCACGGAAAUCCGAUCGGAUAACGGGACUAAUUUUGUUGGAGGAUUACAAGAGUUGCGGAAAGCCAUCAGUGAAUGGAAUCAACAAAAGAUUUCUGAUUACCUGCUGCAGAACAAUGUAAAAUGGAUCUUUAAUCCACCUGCCGCCUCUCACAUGGGUGGUGUUUGGGAGCGACAAAUUCGCACCGUUCGUUCCAUUCUAAACUCUGUUCUAUCGCAGCAGGCACCAGAUGACGAGGGUUUGACAACAUUGUUUUGCUGCGUUGAGUCUAUUGUCAAUGGUCGACCAAUCACGAAACUCUCAGAUGACCCAUCAGAUCCUCUACCACUCACACCAAAUCAUCUGUUGUUACUCCGUUCUGGUCCAAUUCUACCUCCGGGAGCCUUCGUAAAACAGGACAUUUACAGACGCAGAUGGCGCCAGGUGCAAUAUCUGGCAGAUGUCUUCUGGUGCAGAUGGCUCAAGGAGUAUUUACCUGCACUGCAACAACGUCAAAAAUGGCUACAACCAAAGCAGAAUCUUCAAAUCGGAGAUCUUGUGCUUAUUCUGCAUGAAAGGACACCACGCAAUCAUUGGCCGCUAGGUCUGAUUACUCAAGUCUAUCCAGGUUCAGAUGGACUUGUGCGUACUGUGGAAGUGAAAACACAGGCAGGGGUUUUCAUCCGUCCUGCUGACAAAAUAUGCCUCUUAGAAGCCAGUCUUCUUAGUUGACUCUUUUCAGUUGAAUUGGUUUAUUUGAAACAUCACCCGUCCUAUGUUUGAAUGACCUGUUUGGGUCAUUGGGGUCGGGAUGUUGGGUGCUGUCCCUUUAAGGUCGCUGAUUCUGUGGGCUCUGGUGACUGCAUGGGGGGAGGAGCUACGGGGUGAAAACGCUAAGAGAGAAAGUCAUGUUGUUUUAAUAUUGAAGUUUACAAUUCCGGUUUGAAGCUAUAACUUAAAACUACAUAUUCCCAGUGUGGUGAGUUAUUCUUUUGUGUUUAAGCUUAUUUAUAGUUUCUGAUAUGUGGCUAUGUAGAUCGCUAUUUCUGCUAGUUGUGCUAUUUGCGAUUAACGCCAUAGCGCCUAAAAGGAUAAUGUUAUACACGUGUGAUUUGCUGUUUACUGUUUAGAUAACUUGUUAACUAUUCAUGCAAUAUAUGUGGCAUUUAGCUGCUAAACGAGGUUAAAUAUGCUUUGUGAAAUGGAGACUGAUUUAGAAAUGUUUGUUGUUGAUUGUAACACUUUACGCUCGUGCUUAAUGCUAACAUGUGACAUAGCAUUAGCGGGAUUACUAUAUUUAGAGUUAUUAGCAUAUAAUUUAAUGCUUACUAUCUGAAGCUGAUGCUGAAUUGGUUGUAGAAAAUUGUUUGUUGAUUUAUACUAUAUUGGAUAGUAAUUGUGAUUUUUUUUUUUUUUUCUGUUUCUAGUUUGACCACAAACAUACACACACAAACAUACACACACAUACAUACACGCACGUAAAUGCGCACGAAUACUUUCAACUAAAUUAAACUACAACAACAAAGACCAAAUGUGUACAUUGUGAGUUCUGCACGAGAGGAAUAAAGGACAAAAACAAAA